AGCGCGGAGCGUUAGUCCGUCAUCUGCCUUCAUGCCUGCCAACUGAGCUCCGUCCUGGGGGCCGCUCCUCUUCCCCAGCGCCGACGUGGAUUUACCGCCCGUGGGGGGGGGCUGAGCUCUCGUUUGUUUUCGGCACCACACACCUGGUUUGGACGCUGGACGCCAUGUUGUGGAAACUAGCAGAUAAUGUCAAGUAUGAAGAAGACUGCGAGGACCGGCACGAUGGAACGAGCAACGGCAACCCGCGGCUCCCGCACCUUUCGGCGGUCAGCCAGCACCUGUACAGUCCAGCUCCUCCGCUCUCCCACUCGGGCGCCUCCGACUUCCAGCCUCCCUACUUCCCCCCCCCGUAUCAGCCGCUGCCUUACUCUCAGUCCAGCGAUCCCUACUCCCACCUUGGAGACCCCUUCUCCAUCAAUCCACUGCACCAGCCUCCACCGCCGCCCCCCAGCCAGCAGCAGAGCGCUUGGCCCAACCGUCAGAGCCAGGACCCGGCCAGCCUCGCCCCCCACGGCCGCCCCGGCCUCGUUCCCCAUCUCUCGGCACUGGAGAGCGGCUCGGCAGCCGGCCGCAGGGAAACAUACCGACGCUCCGAGCUCCUUCUGCCUCACGGGCACGGUCUGGACGCCACUGCGCUGGCCGAUAACUUGGGCCUGCACGAUAUGGCCCACCAGAUGGAGGAGGUGCAGAAUGUGGAAGAUCAACACUUAUUAAUGCAUGACCAGACAGUCAUUAGAAAAGGUCCCAUUUCCCUAACGAAAAACAGUGCUCUGAGUCUCCCCUGCCAAAAGGAUGGAUUAAUUGGUGUGGUCAUAAACCCCAAUGAAGUUUUCUGCUCUGUCCCGGGGAGACUAUCCCUCCUGAGCUCCACGUCGAAGUACAAAGUGACAGUGGCAGAGGUGCAGAGGCGUCUCUCACCCCCUGAGUGUCUCAAUGCCUCUCUGCUGGGAGGAGUGCUCAGAAGAGCCAAAUCAAAAAAUGGUGGCAGAUCAUUAAGGGAAAAACUGGAUAAAAUUGGCUUGAAUCUUCCUGCUGGUAGAAGGAAAGCUGCAAAUGUGACACUAUUGACAUCUUUGGUGGAAGGUGAAGCUGUGCAUCUUGCCCGUGACUUUGGUUAUGUGUGUGAGACAGAGUUUCCUUCCAAAGCAGUGGCUGAAUAUUUAACUAGACCACACAUGGGCCGCAAUGAAAUGGCAAACAGGAAGAAUAUGCUUCUUGCUGCAAAGCAGAUUUGUAAGGAAUUCACAGACCUCCUCACUCAGGACAGAACUCCUCUUGGAAACACGAGACCCAGUCCCAUCUUGGACCCUGGCAUCCAGGGCUGUUUGACUCAUUUUAGCCUGAUCACACAUGGCUUUGGGAGUGCUGCCAUCUGUGCUGCCAUGACAUCCGUCCAGAACUACCUAAAUGAAGCAUUAAAAAUAGCAGACAAAACAUACAUGAACGCUGGCGACCAGAGCCCUGCAGAAACCAACAAAACCAUUGAUAAAAUGGAUAAGCACAGGAAGUAAAAACAGAGAAAUCAGACUUCAAACUCUUCCUCCUAAGCACAGACUGGGAUCUUCUUGCCGGGUGGGAGGGAAAUAGAGAUUUGGGUGGGUUUUGUUUUGUUUGGUUGCUUUUGGUUUUUUAAGAAA